AUGCAUGCAGGUGAGUCUGUGGCUGUGGCAGGGCCAGAGAGGCUGUACAUGGUGUCGGACCUGGCUGCAUCGCCGCCGACGCUACGUACUUGGGCUUCGGCUGUCGACGGCGCUGUUCACAACGCUGUCUCCCAUCGCAUGGCUCUGCGAAAGGGUGCUACCCUCCAGGUCUUUGAUAUGGAGCAGAGAGCAAAGCUGGCGUCGAGCAAUCUGCCCGAUGUCGGCGCUUCGGGCAUCUUUGCCCGCUGGCUCUCACCGGAUGUGCUGGGCGUUGUGGCUGCAGGUACGCUGUUGCUGUGGGACGUCUCGCAGCCGGGCUCCGAGCCGGUGGUCGAGACCGAGCUCGACCCACUGCUGGGUGGCUCGGUCCAGAUCACCGCGCUCAAAGCUUCGCCUGACCUCGAGUACAUCUGCAUCGGCGGUCUCGCUGUCGUCGACGGCCACAUCAACGGCGUGGCCCAAUUCUACACGCGCUCCACGAGAGUCUCGGUCCCGCUCCAGGCGCACGCCUUUGAGUUCUCAACCCACCCUGAGGCACCCGACACGCCCGUCCUCAUUGUGGCUGACCGCCCGCAGGGCCAGGCCGCCGGCUCGCUCUCCAUCCUCCCACUCCCGCUCGGCGACUCGGUUGCGCUCGGCGCCUCGGGCAAGAUGUUCUUCUUUUCCGAGUCCGACAACGACUUUCCGGUCGCCGUCUGCGCCUCGCCUGCCCGCCGCAUAGUGUACACGGUCUCCAAGUUUGGCUUUAUUUUCAUCAACGAGCUGGCCUCGGCCGCAACAGUGUACACCAACCGCAUCUCCGACUCGACCAUCUUUGUCUCGGGCAUCAACCUCGACGGCGCCUUUGUCGGUGUCAACGUCGCCGGCCAAGUCCUGUGCGUUGACCUCAACUUUGACGCCCUCGAGCAGUAUGUGGCGUCGGUGCUGAACAAUCCGAGCCUGCUCUCGGUCUUCUCGCCGCUCGUUGCCGCGCACCGCGCCUCGCUGGCGGCUGAUGCUACCGACGCACUCACUGCUGAACCCGCGGAGCCGUGCGACGAACUCGAAACCACAGCCGAGACAACAAUGGCAACCAUGCUUGCUGCUGGGCUCGGCCUCGAACCUGCCGCAAAUGCCCAGGGCAUGAGUGUGCUCGAGAGCGACACCAGCGCGCCGGCCAUCACCAGCCUCGACCAGUUCCGCAGUGCCGUGUGCGCCGUCGUCGCCGGCGCGCUCGACGAGCCCGAGGCCGAGUGGACAGCAGCGAUCAAAGUUCUGGCGACGGUCGGCUCGUCGAUUGCCGGCGCCGGAGCGUGGGUGACGGCUGCAGGCACGGUUGUGGACGGGAGCUUUUGCGGCUGCGGCGGCCGAGGCUGCGGCCGGCGAGGUGGACGGUAG